AUGCCUGGCAUUCCUCAAAACUCACAUCUGCCUUCUACUGUGAGGUGUACUGCGGUCGCAGCUGAUGUCCAGGCUGCUCCAGCUGUGCUCCAGGUCCCCUCAAGACGUCAUCCUUCCGCAAAGUGCACGGGUAUCAUCGUCUGGUAUGAAUGUUCCCCAAAUACACUUCUCUCGAGCACUGUUAGAAGCCGUCUGCAUCCUCUACUGCUGGCGGCUCCGUGUCUGUAUGUGUUACCACCACGAUUGUACUUCUCGAAUCUUUCAGGUUGA